AUGUCGUAUAACGAUAACAAUAAUUAUUAUGAUCCUAAUCAACAAGCUGGAGGAGUUCCUCAAGGUCCUCCAGCUGAUGGUUAUUAUCAACAACAACCUUAUGAUGAUCCAAAUCAACCUCAACAAGAGUAUUAUAAUCCAAAUGCUCAAUACUAUCAACAACCUUAUGAUAUGGAUGGUUAUCAAGAAGGAGGACAAUAUGAAGUUCCAAAUCAACAAAUUCCUCAACAAGGUUAUAAUGAUCAAUUUUCUGAAUUUAGUCAAACUCCAGGUACUCCAGGUUAUGAUCAAUAUGGUACUCAAUAUACUCCAUCACAAAUUAGUUAUGGAGGUGAUCCAAGAUCUUCAGGUGCUUCAACUCCAAUUUAUGGAGGUCAAGGUCAAGGUUAUGAAUCUGCUCAAUUUCAAAUGGCUUCAAAUUUACCUUAUCCUGCUUGGUCUGCUGAUCCUCAAGCUCCUGUUAAAGUUGAACAUAUUGAAGAUAUAUUUAUUGAUUUAACUAAUAAAUUUGGGUUUCAAAGAGAUUCCAUGAGAAAUAUGUUUGAUUAUUUCAUGACUCUUUUAGAUUCAAGAUCUUCUCGUAUGACUCCUGCUCAUGCUUUAUUAAGUUUACAUGCUGAUUAUAUUGGUGGUGAUAAUGCUAAUUAUAGAAAAUGGUUUUUCGCUUCUCAACAAGAUUUAGAUGAUUCUAUUGGGUUUGCUAAUAUGAAAAUGGGUAAAGUUGGUAGAAAAGCUAGAAAAGCUUCUAAAAAAUCUAAAAAAGUUAAAAAGGCUGUGGCUGAACUUGGUGAUGAUAUUGAUCCAGAAGCUUUAGCUAAUGAAUUAGAAGGUGAUUUUUCUUUAGAAGCUGCUGAAAUUAGAUGGAAAGCUAAAAUGAAUGCUUUAUCACCUGAAGAAAGAGUUCGUGAUAUUGCUCUUUAUUUAUUAUUAUGGGGUGAAGCUAAUCAAGUUCGUUUUACUCCAGAAACUUUAUGUUAUAUUUAUAAAACUGCUUUUGAUUAUUUACAAUCUCCAGCUUGUCAACAAAGAACUGAAGCUGUACCAGAAGGAGAUUAUUUACAAAGAGUUAUUACUCCUUUAUAUAGAUUCCUUAGAUCUCAAGUUUAUGAAAUUUAUGAAGGUAAAUUCGUUAAACGUGAAAAAGAUCAUAAUAAUAUCAUUGGUUAUGAUGAUGUUAAUCAAUUAUUUUGGUAUCCUGAAGGUAUUUCAAGAAUUAUCUUUAAUGAUGGUUCAAGAUUAGUUGAUAUUCCCAAAGAAGAACGUUAUUUAAAAUUAGGUGAAGUUGAAUGGACGAAUGUUUUCUUUAAAACUUAUAAAGAAAUUAGAACUUGGUUACAUUUUGUUACUAAUUUUAAUAGAAUUUGGAUUAUUCAUGGUACUGUUUACUGGAUGUAUGUGUCUUAUAAUGCUCCAACUUUAUAUACUUUACAUUAUGAACAAACUGUUAAUCAACAACCAACUGCUUCUUCAAGAUGGGCUGCCGCUUCUAUUGGUGGAUCUUUAGCUACUUUAAUUCAAAUCUUUGCUACUUUAUUCGAAUGGAUGUUCGUUCCAAGAGAAUGGGCUGGUGCUCAACAUUUAUCUCGUCGUUUAGUAUUUUUACUCCUUAUCUUUCUCCUUAAUGCCGCUCCUCCUGUCUAUACCUUUUAUUGGGCUGGUUUAGCUGCUGUUUCAAAAUCAGCUUAUAUCGUUUCAAUUGUUGGUUUCUUUAUUGCUAUUGCUACUUUGUUCUUCUUUGCUAUUAUGCCGUUAGGUGGUUUAUUCACUUCUUACAUGAAUAAAAGAUCAAGAAGAUAUUUAGCAUCUCAAGCUUUUACCGCUAAUUUUGUUAAAUUAAAGGGUUUAGAUAUGUGGAUGUCAUAUUUAUUAUGGCUUUGUGUUUUCAUUGCUAAAUUAUCCGAAUCUUAUUUCUUUUUGAUUUUAUCCAUUAGAGAUCCAAUUAGAAUUUUAUCAACUACUACCAUGAGAUGUGUUGGUGAAGUUUGGUUUGGAGUUAGAUUAUGUCAACAUCAAGCUCAAAUCGUUUUAGGUUUAAUGUUCCUUGUUGAUUUAUUAUUAUUCUUCUUGGAUACGUAUAUGUGGUAUAUUCUUUGUAACUGUAUUUUCUCCAUUGGUAGAUCAUUCUACUUGGGUAUUUCUAUUUUAACUCCAUGGAGAAAUAUUUUUACCAGAUUACCAAAGAGAAUUUAUUCUAAGAUUUUAGCCACUACUGAAAUGGAAGUUAAAUAUAAACCAAAGGUUUUAAUUUCUCAAAUUUGGAAUGCUAUUGUUAUUUCCAUGUACAGAGAACAUUUAUUAGCCAUUGAUCACGUUCAAAAAUUAUUAUAUCAUCAAGUUCCAUCUGAAGUUGAAGGUAAGAGAACUUUAAGAGCUCCAACUUUCUUCAUUAGUCAAGAUGAUAAUAAUUUUGAAACUGAAUUUUUCCCAAGUAACUCUGAAGCCGAAAGAAGAAUCUCUUUCUUUGCUCAAUCUUUAGCUACUCCAAUCCCAGAACCAUUACCUGUUGAUAACAUGCCAACUUUCACUGUUUUCACUCCUCAUUAUUCCGAAAAGAUUUUAUUAUCCUUGAAAGAAAUUAUUAGAGAAGAUGAUGAACAUUCCAAGGUUACUUUAUUAGAAUACUUGAAACAAUUACAUCCUGUUGAAUGGGAUUGUUUUGUUAAGGAUACUAAGAUUUUAGCUGAAGAAACUGCUGCUUAUGAAAAUGGUGGGGAUUCUGAAAAGUUAUCUGAAGAUGGAUUAAAAUCUAAAAUUGAUGAUUUACCAUUCUACUGUGUUGGUUUCAAAUCUUCUGCUCCAGAAUAUACUUUAAGAACUAGAAUUUGGGCUUCUUUAAGAUCCCAAACUUUAUACCGUACUGUUUCCGGUUUUAUGAAUUACGCCAGAGCUAUUAAAUUAUUAUACAGAGUUGAAAACCCUGAAUUAGUUCAAUAUUUUGGUGGUGACCCAGAAGGUUUAGAAUUAGCUUUAGAAAAGAUGGCAAGAAGAAAGUUCAGAUUCUUAGUUUCUAUGCAAAGAAAAACUAAAUUUAAGGAAGAUGAAAAGGAAAAUGCUGAAUUCUUAUUACGUGCUUACCCAGAUUUACAAAUUGCUUAUUUAGAUGAAGAAGCUGCCUUAAAUGAAGGUGAAGAUGCUAGAAUUUAUUCUGCUGUUGUUGAUGGUCAUUGUGAAAUGUUAGAAAAUGGUGAACGUAAACCAAAAUUCAGAGUUCAAUUAUCAGGUAAUCCAAUCUUAGGUGAUGGUAAAUCUGAUAAUCAAAAUCAUGCUGUUAUUUUCCAUAGAGGUGAAUAUAUUCAAUUAAUUGAUGCUAAUCAAGAUAAUUAUUUGGAAGAAUGUUUAAAGAUUAGAUCUGUUUUAGCUGAAUUUGAAGAAUUAAACCUUGAUUUCGUUAAUCCUUAUGAACCAGACUUGAAGAACAACCAUAAUAAAGAUAAGAGGGACCCUGUUGCCUUCUUAGGUGCUAGAGAAUAUAUUUUCUCUGAAAACUCUGGUGUUUUAGGUGAUGUCGCUGCUGGUAAAGAACAAACUUUCGGUACUUUAUUCGCCAGAACUUUAGCUCAAGUUGGUGGUAAGUUACAUUAUGGUCAUCCUGAUUUCUUAAAUGCUACUUUUAUGUUAACUAGAGGUGGUGUUUCCAAAGCUCAAAAAGGGUUACAUUUGAAUGAAGAUAUUUAUGCUGGUAUGACUGCUAUGUUAAGAGGUGGUAAGAUUAAGCAUUGUGAAUAUUAUCAAUGUGGUAAAGGUAGAGAUAUGGGUUUUGGAUCUAUUUUAAAUUUCACUACUAAGAUUGGUGCCGGUAUGGGAGAACAAAUGUUAUCAAGAGAAUAUUAUUAUUUAUCUACUCAAUUACCAUUAGAUCGUUUCUUGUCAUUCUACUAUGGUCAUCCAGGUUUCCAUAUUAAUAAUUUAUUCAUUCAAUUUUCUUUACAAGUUUUCAUUUUAGUCUUGGCCAAUUUAACGUCAUUAGCUCAUGAAUCUAUUAUCUGUUUUUAUAACAAGAAUUCUCCAAUUACUGAUGUUUUAUUCCCAUUCGGUUGUUACAAUUUAAGUCCAGCUGUUGAUUGGGUUAGACGUUAUACAUUAUCUAUUUUCAUUGUUUUCUUUAUUUCUUUCAUUCCAUUAGUGGUUCAAGAAUUAAUUGAAAGAGGGGUUUGGAAAGCAUUCCAAAGAUUUAUUCGUCAUUUUGCUUCCAUGUCUCCAAUGUUUGAAGUUUUCGUUGCCCAAAUUUAUGCUUCAUCAAUUUAUACUGAUUUAACUGUUGGUGGUGCUAGAUAUAUUUCAACUGGUAGAGGUUUUGCUACUUCAAGAAUUCCAUUCUCCAUUUUAUAUUCCAGAUUUGCUGAUUCAUCUAUUUAUAUGGGUGCAAGAUUAAUGUUGAUUUUAUUAUUUGGAUCAGUUGCUAAAUGGCAAGCUCCAUUAUUAUGGUUCUGGGCUUCAUUAUCUUCAUUAAUGUUCUCACCAUUUAUUUUCAACCCUCAUCAAUUUGCUUGGGAUGAUUUCUUUGUUGAUUAUCGUGAUUUCAUAAUCUGGUUAUCCAGAGGUAAUACUAAAUGGUACAGAAAUUCAUGGAUUGGUUAUAUCAGAUUAUCAAGAUCUAGAAUUACAGGUUUCAAACGUAAGUUGAUUGGUAAUAACGAAGCUGAACAAAACGCUGGUGAUGCUUCAAGGGCUCACAGAUCAAAUGUUUUCUUUGCUGAUUUCCUUCCAUGUCUUUUCUAUACUGCUGGUCUUUUUGUCGCCUUUACUUUUAUUAAUGCUCAAACUGGUGUUACUCAAUAUAGUUAUGAAAUCAAUGGUUCAUCUGAUCCAAUUGAAGUUAAUUCUACCUUAAGAGUUGUUAUUUGUGCCUUGGCUCCUGUUGUUAUCAAUAUGGGUGUCUUAGGUUUCUGUUUCGCCUUGGGUUGUUGUGCAGGUCCAAUGUUAGGAUUAUGUUGUAAGAAGACUGGUUCAGUUCUUGCUGGUGUUGCUCAUGGUGUUUCUGUUAUUAUCAAUUUAGUUUUCUUUAUUGUUAUGUGGGUCUUAGAAGGUUUUGUCUUUGCUAGAAUGUUAUUAGGUAUUGCCACUAUGAUUUAUAUUCAAAGAUUAUUAUUUAAAUUCUUGACUUUAGCUUUCUUAACUAGAGAAUUUAAGAAUGAUAGAGCCAAUUCUGCUUUCUGGAAUGGUAAAUGGUAUGGUACUGGUAUGGGUUAUAUGGCUCUUACGCAACCAGCUCGUGAAUUCUGUGCUAAGAUUAUUGAAAUGUCACAUUUUGCUGGUGAUUUCGUAUUGGCUCAUAUUAUUUUAUUCUGUCAAUUACCAAUUUUAUGUAUUCCAUUAGUUGAUAGAUGGCAUACAACCAUGUUAUUCUGGUUAAAACCAUCCAGAUUAAUUAGACAACCAAUUUUCACUGUUAAGAAGACCAAAUUAAGAAAGAGAAUUGUGAGAAGAUAUUGUACUUUAUACUUUUUCAUUUUAGUUGUCUUUGUUAUUCUUAUUGCUGCUCCAGCUGUUGCAUCAUCUCAUGUUCCAAGUGAUUUAGGUAUGUCAUUAGGUGCUCCAUUCCAAGGAUUAUUCCAACCAAGACAUGUUAGUAACAAUGAUACUGGUCCAAAUAGACCAUCUCAUUACACUUGGUCAUUCCAAUCUACUCGUGGUGGAUCUACCAAAGCUUACACCACCAAAGCAUUUUAA